UUUACAAGUUCUUGUUUGGCAACAAAGAAAACUUAAAAGCUCUCGAACAGAAAAUUUUCAUGGCAUUAGAAACCGUAGUGUUCCAGCAAGACCCGUUCAGUUAUGACUGCCACCUCGAAGACCCGUUAAGCUUAAAACAAGAAGACCGAAGUACUUGGGCUAAAAGUACAGGCUUUGGUUUCGUUGCAACUUGUUCUUCCUCGGAUCAUAAUGGCUUUGCCGCCGCCGAAUUUGCUCCAUCGUGCCGGAGGAAGAGACGGCGGAGAAACGGUGUUAAGAACAGAGAAGAAGUGGAGCAUCAAAGAAUGACUCAUAUUAUCGUUGAGAGAAAAAGGAGGAAACAAAUGAAUGAUUACCUUGGUGUUCUUAAAUCUAUGAUGCCGGCCUCUUACGUUCAAAGGGGUGAUCAAGCAUCAAUCAUAGGGGGAACCAUUGAUUACGUAAAGGAAUUAGAACAGCUUCUUCAAUCUUUAGAAUUCCGGAAAAUUACGAGAAGGAACUCAGAAAACUACCCAGAUUCUUCCAUUUUCUCGGGACUCUUUUACUUUCCGCAGUACUCAACUUCCACCACCACCCACCAUACAUGCGCCGCUGCCGGCGGCGAAUCAGUGUCGUCGACGUCAUCUGCUGCGAAUGUCGAAGUAACAAUGGUGGAAACCUACGCAAACCUGAAAAUACUAACGAAAAAACACCCAAAACAGCUGUUGAAAAUGGUGAAUGGGAUUCAAUCUCUGGGAUUUUUUGUGCUACAUCUUAAUGUCACAUCGGUUGAAAAUCUGAUCCUUUAUUCUUUCAGUGUUAAGAUUGAAGAUGACUGUAAGGUAACUACGGUGAAUGAAAUUGCAGAGGCUGUUUAUGAAAUGGUGGAUCGGUUUCAAGAGGAACCAUCUGAUUAAUUAAGUUGAUA